CGGAUCGUCAAGUGUGCAAAAGCCGCAGCUUGAAACAUUACGCACAGCUAAGUCUGUUCUAUUUCUGUGUAUUUGUUUCUAUUCUGUCCAUCCCCUGCACGGACUAACCGGGGACCGGAGGUGGGGGGGACUUCCACGGUAUGGAGUCCUGAUUUUACCAAGCGACCCACCGGGAGGAAUGAAACUGAGAAAAUCCGUCGCCGUGGUGGAAUAUUAAUAACCUAAUCCUGACAAUAAUUCAAGGGAUGUUGCGGCAGAGUUUGGGACUCUAGAGAGCAUUCCAACUUUUUUUGGUCGUUUUUAAUCUCUUUCCCUGUCAUCUUCCUCGCCUGUGGGACUUCUAUUUUCGUGACUGAUUUGCAGCACUUCACUUCUCCAUCAUGGACCGGUCGACGUCUUUGGAUAUAGAGGCGCUCAAGAUGACCCAGGAGCAGUAUAUCCUCGCAGCACAGCCCAACCCGCUCCACCAGCGGGGGGCGUCGGUGUGCGGCGCCCAGGUUUACCCAGCAGUGGGAAUCUACGGCUGGAGGAAGAGAUGCUUGUACUUUUUCAUCCUCCUCCUCCUUGUCACCAUGAUCGUCAACCUGGCGCUGACCAUCUGGAUCCUCAAAGUCAUGAACUUCACUCCGGAUGGCAUGGGGAAUCUGCGGGUGACCAAGGAAGGUGUCAGAUUGGAGGGAGUGUCCGAAUUCUUAUUGCCUCUAUACGUCAAAGAGAUCCAGUCUCGCAGGGACAGUCCAUUGAUCCUUCAGUCGGACAGAAAUGUGACUGUCAAUGCUAGGAAUGAUCAGGGACAACUGACUGGUCAGCUAACCGUGGGUUCAGAAAUGGUAGAAGCUCAGUGUCAGAGAUUUGAGGUAAGGAGUACAGAUGGAGAGAGAGUUCUGUUCUCCGCAGAUGAAGAGGAGAUCAGCAUUGGCACCGAGAAACUUAGAGUCACAGGGAAUGAAGGCGUGGUGUUCAGCCAUUCUGUAGAGACAUCACAUGUAAGGGCAGAACCCUUCCAGGACCUAAAGCUGGAGUCGCCGACUCGGACCCUGACCCUGGAGGCCCCCAGAGGAGUGGAGGUCAAUGCUGGAGUGGGAGACUUCACAGCAUCCUGUAGGAAAGACCUCCUCUUGCAGUCCUCAGAAGGAGAGAUCUUUCUAGACGCCAACACCAUCAGGCUGGGCAACAUUCCCCUCGGCAGCGCUGUGGACCCCCUGGAGGGGGCGCCAGCAGGCACCACCUACACCAAACAGACUGUGUACGAGCUUUGUGCCUGCGCUAACGGCAAGCUCUACCUGUCCCCGGCUGAGAAAGGCUCUACCUGCCAAACCACCAGUAACUUUUGCCUCUGGAGCUGAAAGUGGGAGGACGACAAACACCCGGGACAUAUGGACCAUUAGAGUUUGAAGCUAAUGCUAGCCAACUGACUGAAUCAACACGGAUUAUGGCUUGGUGGGAAGCUAAUGCCUGCUUACAGACCGAAUCAACAUGGAUUGUAGCAUGGCAAGAAGUACAUGUCUGUUUAACAAUCGAAUUAUAUGGAUUACAGCUUGGCAGGAAGCUAAUGCUUGCUAACAGACCAAAUUAACGUGGACUGUGGCUUGGUGUGAAGCUAAUGCCAGCUAAAGGACUGAGUCAAGGCGGACUAAAGCUUGGUGAGAAGCUAUUGUCAGCUUGCCAACCAAAUUAAUAUGGAUUGGUCAGUUGCUAAUGCUAGUCAAGAGGAUGGAUGACUUGGCGGGAAGCGAAAGCAAAGGUUAGCUGGUGGGUAUUAUGCUAUGACGACUCAUGGACGUGGAGGGACAGUCUCCCCCUUGGGCUGUCGUUGGCUUUCUUCGUCACCGUUGAAUUGCUGCCAAGACGGAUUGUGAAUGUCACAAGGAUUGCAUUUGGAGGUUUCCUGUGAACAGCAAACUCACCUACAAUAAAAGUUGAGUAGUUUGUUCACUGUAUGACCAAAUCAUCCUGGAAAACCUGUUCCUGCUUUUGAAGGAUAUACAAAUAUGGUAAAGGACUGCAACCCGCCAGCAGGGACUUGGGCAAGGACUCAGAUAGAUAACAGACAUCAGUGUGGACUUUGGUUUAGCCCUGCGGGUAGCUAACAAAUAAAUCAGACAACGGUUUAGUCUAGUGGGAAGCUAAGGCUAGCUAACGGACCAAUCUAUACCAGAAAGGCCUUCCCCCUCCUCCCCCUCUAGUCUUUCAACCCAAAUGUUGAUGUGUGACCCUUCUGCAUUAAUCUGCACCUGACAGUGAAUAUUCUCUCCGACCCCACUUUUAUUAGGAUAACUAAUGCAAAUAAUUGUGCUUCAACCUUGCAUUCACCAGCUUUUUCCCUCAUCUAUUUUCAGAUUUUUCACUUCUGCCUUUAUUUUCUUUUAGUUACUUUUCUUCGGAUCAAAUAUUUUACUUGUUACUUCUUUGUAUCCCUUUCUUGUAAUUCUUCAUUUUUCUAUAUUUUCCUGCUGCUCUUGUUUAGCUUUCCUCCAUGCUCCAGUUAUUUUGUUCUGUCUAUGCACCUACAUGCAGUGGACUGGUAAAGAAAACGUCAUUCUACCUAUCCACUCUCUUCCACCGGUCUGGUUAACAAAAGAAAAUAUUGUUCUAUCUGCUUUCUUCCAGUGGACUGGUUAAAAAACAUUUUACUACCCAUCAGUAUCAGAUGCAGGGUUUCUCCCCCUCACAGUUUGUUCCCACACCUUUUGGUUUCUCUGGAGUCAUUCUAUCUGGGCAUGAUGCUCUCUCAUCAGAGACAGAAAGCAAAUGGAAAAGGAAGAGGAAAGUGAGUGAAGUCUUACGUUAAAUUAAGGCUCAGGUAGGUGCUAUAGCAGACUGACCAUUUUAUGGUAUGAGGCCAAACCUCCAGUCAGGCAGAGGCAGCAGUCAGACGACGGCCAGACCAAUUUUGUCCUUGUUAUGGAGCAUUAUACAUCAUCCUGCGUUCCAUGUCUGUCAGACUUUUUUUUUUUACUCUUUUUGCAUGACCUUUCUGCUCUUCUUGCCGAGCCCUCUUCCUUCUCAGUCAUGUCGCUUUUCUGUGUCAUUGAAAAAGGUUCUGCUCUUUGCUCUCACUUUCCUUUUUUGUUCCUUCUUCAGCUUCUCUUUACUGCAGUAUUUUUACUUCCCAUCACUCCUCUAUUUUAUUUUAUUUUCAGCAGUUCAGUUUCUGAAUAUUGUCUUAUCUUGUCUUUUGUCUCUUUCCCAUCACUCCACAAAUGACAUGUCCUGAUGUUUUCUCCACAUCUUGUUAUUUCUGCACUCCUUUAAUCUCCUUUGGCCAUCCCAAACUCAAAUAUCAGGAAAAAUGUCCCUUCACUCUCACACUAUGCCCCCUUUCAAAAGUUCUGCAACCUAAGCAAGAAAAGUCAAGAAGGUCCAAAAUAUUAUUUAAGGGGUUAUGUUGAUAUUUUAAAUCAGUCUCAGAUGGGGGGAUGUGAAUGGCCUCGAGCUUGCUAACCUAGCGCCCAACCUCUGCAAUGGCUGGAAAUCAGCAGAUUUGUGUGGCAGAAAUCCCCCCUGGAAGAAAUUGUGGAUGGAUUUGGUUGUGUGUGUAUGAACUCAACUGGAUUACGGCCCUGAGGCGUACUUUCUUUUUUUUUUAAAAACAAAGUGAUACACAGGUGCCUUUGCUGCUGUUGGUAAAAGCACAUCACAGUCUGAACGUUCACACUACCCUCAGUGGAUCAUCUGCAAGUGUCUCUGGAAAAAAACUAUAUAUUUAUCAAUCUACCUAUCUAUCUAUUUAGUUUUCUGUCUUUUUUCCUCCCCUUCUCUCCUGGUUUUGUAGAACUCUCAGUAUAUCCAGCUGAAAAAAGAACAAUUCAAUCUUGGUUUAAAGUUUAAUUUUCUGAUGUGUUCCCUUCUGGUUUUAUUCUUGAUAAUAAAAAAAGCACAAAUUAUGCCAUGUA